CUCCAAGCUUCAGGGUUGUUCAUCUCUAAUAAUAAAUUUUCAGAUUUGUAUUCUUUCUUAUGUUACAAAAUCAUGGUGCCGUAUUUGGCAACCUUAGAUUUAUCAAACAAUCAAAUAAAGGGACAAAUCCCUGAUUGUUGGCAAUCUUUAAACCAAUUACUAUUUCUUGAUUUGAGCAACAAUGAGUUGUCUGGGAAUAUUCCCAUCUCCAUGGGGAACCUUUUUAAAUUAGAAGCAUUGGUUUUACGAAAUAAUAAGUUAACAGGUGAACUGCCUUCCAGUUUGAAGAAUUGCACUAACUUAUUUAUGUUGGAUGUGGGAGAAAAUAAGUUGUCUGGUCCAAUACCAUCAUGGCUUGGAGAAAGCAUGCAGCAAUUGAUAAUCUUGAACAUGCAAGGGAAUCACUUCUCUGAACAUUUUCCAAUUCAACUUUGUUAUUUAAGGCAUAUUCAAUUGUUGAAUCUCUCCAGGAAUAAGUUAUCAAAAGCAAUUCCAGCAUGCUUAAAGAAUUUUACUAUCAUGUCUGAAAAGAGCAUCAACAGAACUGAAACUCAGCGCCUUAUAUAUGAGUACAAUACUACUACUUAUUGGGAAAUCUACGGUUUCUUCGUGUCUUUGGCCUACAGUCUUGAUAUAACGUGGGUGUGGAAAGGUGUGGAACAGGAGUUCAGAGAUCCCCAAUUGAAUCUUAAGAGUAUUGAUCUCUCAAGCAAUAAUUUCACAGGUGAAAUACCAAAAGAAGUUGUGUGUUUGGUUGGGCUGGUUUCUUUAAAUUUAUCAAGAAACAAUUUGAGUGGAGAAAUUCCUUCUGAAAUUGGAAAUUUAAGUUCACUUGAAUCUCUUGACUUGUCAAGAAAUGAUUUGCAUGGGAGAAUUCCUUCUUCUCUUUCCCAACUUGAUUUCUUAGGAAAACUAGACUUGUCAUACAACUCUCUUUCUGGGAGAAUUCCAUUGGGAAGACAUUUGCAGACCUUUGAAGGCUCUAGUUUUGAAGGAAAUAUUGAUCUUUGUGGUGAAGAAAUCAACAAAAGUUGUCCUGGAGAGAAUAGAACAGCAAAGGCAGAAGCAGCAACAGAAAAGGAUGAAGAUGAUUCUGAUUUCUUUGAAGCGUUAUACAUGAGCAUGGGAGUAGGAUUCUUUGUAGGAUUUUGGGGCUUAUUAGGACCAAUUCUAAUUUGGAAACCUUGGAGAAUUGCUUACCUGAGCUUCUUGAACAAAUUGUAUCAGUUGUUGGUUUAAAUGUAUUUUUCAUAAUGUGUUGUAAAAGGUUCUACUUUCAAAUGAUUCCUCAAGAAAUUGUGUAGAAGACUUUGAUCAUAAAAAUCUCUUUAAGAUGAUAUACGUUUCUUGAUGAUGAUAUAUCGUUUUAUGAUAUUUAUUUGUGAUAAACUAUGUUUGUUUUAAAGAUGUAUAA